CUGUGGCAUAGACUUUUGCAGUUUCUAUAAAAGGUCUGCCAAUGCUGGUGUAUUCCUUAGUCCCAAUCAUGAUAACCUGCUCGAUGACAAUCUGGUCUCGCACAUUGAAAGGAGUCUUUUUCAAGAGUAUGGUGGAGUCUUUGGUAAUUUUAUACUGAUUUCCAGCAACCUGAACUAUAGCAAAUGUCUCAUAAGGGUCUUGGGGAUAAGUGAUUUGCUAUACUCCACCAUGAACUACAAUUUUCUGAUUUUUCUUUGAUAUUGGUUCUCUAUUGACUUCUCUUUCAAGUCUCCUGAUUUUCUUUGCCUGCUUUUUGGCAAGUGGUUUUGUCAUUGGUCAGACAACUGAUUGUACAAUUUAAUCUACAUAUGAUAACUUGUUAAUUUUUUAAUAGAUUUCGAAUCGAUAGCAUCUCAGUCUAUAUCAGCCGCCCCAUAAAUUUUUGUACUAAAGAAAACAGAGAAAUUUGCUAUAACUAUAAUUUAUUUGAUAAUUAUUGAAGUUGCUGGUCUCAAGUAGUUAGUCAUUAGAAAGCUAGUUCUCCAUAAGGGGUUAAACAAAUUUGUCCUCAGAAACAUUU